AUGGCUGAUGCAGGUGGCUGGAGCACAAUCGAGUCCGACGAGGGUGUAUUUACCUCUCUCAUCGAGACGCUCGGCGUCCAAGAAGUACAAUUUGAAGAGCUCAUUUCUCUAGACGCAGACACUAUACGGUCCCUCGGCCCCGUAUACGGCGUAAUCUUCCUCUUCAAAUGGACCCGCGAAGCCGCCGGCGCCGGCGCCGAAGCCCCAAUCGAUGGAACAUAUGACGAGAAUGCCACCUCGAACGACGUUUUCUUCGCAGCACAAACGAUCCAAAAUGCCUGCGGCACGCAAGCUAUCCUCUCCGUGAUUCUGAACCACGACACCAGCUCAGCUGCCCUGCCGCCUAUCAACCUGGGCCCCGAGCUGAGCUCAUUCAAAGACUUCACGGCCGGUUUCCCACCCGAGCUGCGCGGCGAGGCACUGUCUAAUUCGGAAGCUAUUCGGAGCGCGCACAACGCGUUUGCGCGGGCUAGUCCGUUCGCGGAUGAGACGACACGACCGGCAGAUGAGGAGGGCGGCGACGUGUACCACUUCAUUGCGUACACAGCCGUGGGCGGGACGCUGUACGAGCUGGACGGGCUGCAGCCGCACCCGAUUAGCCACGGCCCGUGUGCGGACGGGUCAUUCCCGGAGCUGGUGAGCGAUGUGCUACAGCGGCGAAUUGCGCGGUAUCCGGCCGGGGAGACGCAUUUCAAUUUGAUGGCGGUGGUGCGGGACCCGCGGGGGGCGGCGCGGGAGAUUGGAGAUGCGGAGACGCUGGAGCGGGAGGAGAGGAAGCGUGCGGCGUGGCAGUGGGAGAAUACACUGCGGCGAUGGAAUUUCGUCGGCUUUAUUGGGGAGAUAAUGAAGGGCGUUGUGGGGAUGAAGGAGGGGCAGGAUGCGAGUGGGAAGGCGUAUGAAGAGUGGGUGGAGGCGGCGAAGAAAGAAACCAGGAAGAAGUUGGAGAUGCGGAGGUAG